AAUCUUCCAUCAAGGCUUUGGGACACUCCUCUGAGAGUUUGACUGAAGUUUCUGGAAGACUCCCUGGGCAACAGACAAGUGUGUGAAAAUAUCCUAAAUAUGCGAGAACGAUGACUCUAAUUGAACAAUUCCGAGCAUGCUGGCUAAUAGCCACUUUUGGGAUCAUCCUCUUCAUUGCUGGAGCGAGUAUUCUCUUCUGGAAUGAGGGCCGUGCUGUGCAUAAGACCAUGUCGCUGGAUGAAGCUAUGAAUGACGCUGUUACUUUAAAUCCUGAGAAUCCUCUAGAAAGUACUUAUGAGGGACGACUUGUUCACAUUACCGGCUCUCUGGUGACAGAAGAACCCCUAACAGAGCCAGAUUAUGGUAUCCAGGUGAACAGCGUGAAGCUAAAGAGACGUGUGCAGAUGUAUCAGUGGAUUGAGGAAACAGUUGAGCAUAGAUAUGGAGAGAGUAUAGCUUCUGUAGAGACUGAAGAUCGCACAUAUUACUACACAAUGGACUGGCGAGACCAGCUGAUAGAUUCCCGGAAUUUCUACAUUCGCACUGGCCAUCACAAUCCUAAAGCAUUUCCCAUUGAGAGUCGCAUUCAAGUUGCUGAACGUGUUCAAAUCGGUUAUUACGAUCUCGGAGCAGCUGUCAAAGAUAGAAUCUCCACAUUUGUGGAGCUUACAUCUGACAGCCGGCCUGAAGAUCCAGCUGUAAAGCUCCAUUCUGGCCUCUACUACCACUGCAAUGACGUUUGGAAUCCCGAAAUUGGGGACAUCCGGAUACAAUUUGCAUUUGCCGGGCUCGAAGGGGAAGUUUAUACGAUUGUCGGACGCUUGGAGAAGGGCUCAGUUGUUCCCUAUGAGACCAGCCUCAAGAGUCACGUACUCCUGGUGUACAAGGGCCAACUGAGUCUAGCAGAAUCCUUUAGGCAGGAACAUCACUCACAGCGAAUGACCACUUGGACUAUUAGGUUCUUCGGAUGGCUCCUGCUCUUCUUUGCAGCAACUGCUACAGCGUCAGUCGUUCAUGUUGCUUUGGCCCAAAGUCGUUUUCUGUCUCGAAUUGCCCCAGAUCCUUCUCAUCCAGUAUCAGCUAAUUUCAUCCUCUCCUUCUCAUUGGCACUUCUCAUCACGUCACUGGCGUGGGCUUUUCACAGGCCCUGGAUGGGAGCUGGACUGCUACUUGCAGCAGCCUCUCCCUUUCUUUAUUGUGCCAGAGGUGUUGCCCAGUACAACCGAAUGAACUGACUGUGCACCAAGAAGCCCCAUUGUGUGACUCCCUGAGAUUAAAUCCUGUAGUUGUGUGAUAUUUGUCGUGAUUAAAUGGUUUUAGAUGA